AUGAUAGACGAAGAGUUGCCGCAUUACCACGUCUCGGACGCCCUUGAUCACGAUCUGGCGGCGCUUCUCACUUCUGACCACGUCCAGUACGUCCAUUCCCGCUGCGGCCUAUUCUCGCGCGCCUUCUUCCCGCUCUCAGACACUGAAAUUCUCGCGCUUAAAGCCAAUGGCAACUCCGCUCAUGACUGGCAUACUGUACGCAAGAUAAACAAGAACAUCUCGCUACAAACGUCCCGCAUCCACCAGUGCGCAUUCCAUGGGAAAGUAGUGCUCGGGAGCUUUUCCCCUACCUUUUACCACGAUGUGGACGGGAUUCCUUUCCCCUGCGGAGUCUAUAAUUCCGCCCUGAGCAACGUCGUCGUACUAGACAAUGCCCUAAUAAAGGACACACUCGUGCUUAAGAACGUUCUCGUGGACAAUGAAGCGUCCAUUAUCAAAUGCGGCAGCGUCACUGGUCCAGACAAAGGGGACACGUUUGCUAAUGGUAUCGUGCUACAUGUGGGUGUAGAAACAGGCGGUCGUGAUCUCCGCAUCGUGGCUGAUUUGCCUUUUACUCUGGGGGCUGCAGUUACUAUGAGAAGGCACGAUGCAGAGUUAAUAAAGACAUACGAGGCCUUUGUGGACGAGUAUGUGGCAAGGAUUCAAUCCCCUAUGGCGAUUGUAGCGUCGAAUGCUCGUGUACGUGCGUGUUUUCGUGUUCAAGGGACUUUUGUGGGAAAAUACGCAGUUGUAGAAGACUGUAAUGUGAUUAAUUCGACAAUCUUAUCGACUAUGGAAGAACCAUCGGUUAUUCGAGUUAAAAGCAUCGUCCGUGAUUCGAUUGUGCAGUGGAAUUCGACCGUAGAGACGUUAAGUGUAGUGGAUAGAGCUUUCUUAUGUGAUACAUCACAUGUGGAACGUCAUGGAAUGGUCAUGAGUUCGAUAAUUGGACCGAAUACGUCCAUUGCUGAAGGUGAAGUGACGUCCUGUUUUGUGGGGCCUUUUGUAGGCUUUCACCAUCAGGCACUUUUGAUUGCCUCCAUCUGGCCAAAGGGCAAAGGGAACAUUGGUUCGGGAGCUAAUGUUGGUAGCAAUCAUACUCUAAAAGCUCCAGACCAAGAGCUUUUCCAUGGCGAAGGAGUGUUCUUUGGGCUGGGGUGCAACGUGAAAUUCCCCAGCAAUUUUGUGAAGGCGCCGUAUUCCGUCAUUGCUACUGCGGUCAACACACUACCACAGGUGGUAGCAAUGCCUUUCGCGUUAAUUAACACGCCAGGUCACAUUAUCCCAUCGCUUUCUCCGGCUAUCAAUGAAAUCUCACCAGGGUGGGUGCUUUCUAGGAGUGUAUUCACUGUACUCCGAAAUGAGUACAAAUUCCGCUCGCGCAACAAAUCAAAGCGCACACACAUCGAGGUCAAUAUUUUCCGUCCGGAAGUUGUACAAUACAUGAAAGAUGCCCGUGCGGAACUUGCUGCUGCAGAAGGCAAAGCGGAACUAAGGCUUGCGAACGGAGAGGCUGUGUACACUGAUAAACAAGCUCGAGGAUUAGGCAAGAAUUAUAUGCGUGAGGCAUCUCGCCUAGCGGGUAUUGCUGCAUACACAUUCUUCAUAAAGCUUUACGCUCUCGAGGCGCUGUUAGACCUUGCUGAAAGCGGCUGUGUGUGUGCUGACGGAUCCAUAGCAUCAGUGGGCAGUUCGCGAUAUGAAGUAGUGACGCUGGCGGAGGAAUUUGACCGUAAUCAACUCAUACGUGACUGUCUUAAUGAUCUCGUCUCGAUGAAGGCUGAGGUAGCUAAUAUGGCUGCUGAUGGUAAGACGCGCGACAAUGUUCGCGGCGAGCGAAUCAUUCCAGAUUACCUCGAUGUGCACAUGCCGGCAGCGAGCGAGCCUGUGGUUCUUCAAGCUCAGUGGGCUGCAAACGACAUCAAGCAGCGAGUGGCUGCGUUUGUAGCGCGUGUAUGA